AUGUCCGCUGAAGCCGAAAGCUAUGCCUUUUCCGCUGAUAUCAAUCAGCUCCUUUCGUUGAUUAUCAACACUUUCUAUUCCAACAAGGAGAUUUUCCUUCGUGAAUUGAUUUCCAAUGCCAGUGAUGCUUUGGAUAAGAUCCGCUACCAGUCCUUGACUGACUCUUCCGUCCUCGAUGCCGAACCAGAGAUGGAAAUUCGGCUGAUCGCCGACAAGGCCAACAACACUUUGACCAUUGAGGAUACCGGUAUCGGUAUGGCCAAGAGCGACUUGGUCAACAAUCUCGGAACUAUUGCCAAGUCCGGAACCAAGGCAUUCAUGGAGGCAUUGACUGCUGGAGCCGAUAUCAGUAUGAUUGGUCAAUUCGGUGUCGGAUUUUAUUCCGCUUACCUGGUUGCCGACAAGGUCGAAGUCGCUCUCCAAGAACAACUCGGACCCUGA